AUGUCAGAAGAUGCACCAACAGCAAUAGCUGUGUCGUCCGCGACGUCAACCCGAGAGAACCAGAUCUCGAAACGAGAUCUCCCGAAAAUGACUGUUGGCACAUCGGAGGAGUACAAUGAAAAGACGGCCUCGGUGUUGUCCCAUGCAAUGCUUCCGAAUGUCAUCUGGAGUCUCUUCUCCAAAGAGGGUAUAGAUGGGAUAGGCUUUGAUGCGUCAGACGAAAAGCGUCUGCAAGCGUAUCAUUCUAUCGUGAAGCAAUUUCUCGUUCCUGGGGCUGAGUCGGGUGCUUUCAUUGCGGAGGCAGGUGACUUCUCAGCAUGCGCCUCAUGGUGGCCGCCUGGUUCACAUCAACCACCAAAAGAUCUCGAGGAUUUUGAUGAGCUGGAGCGACAGGGAAAGACAUUGUGGGCGGCUUUUGGACGUGAGAUUGAGAAGAUUAAAAUUGAGCAGAUUUGGUCGAGGUAUGGACAGGAAUUUUGGCAUUUGGGUUUGCUCGGUCGUGAUCCAAGAAAGCCGGCUGUGGCGGGCGCCGUGAGGGCUGUUUUGCAACCCUUCAUCGAUCAAGCUGCUGCAGAGGGGAAACCGAUUUGGCUUGUGACUACCAAUGAGCAUGCGAGGGAUAUUUAUCUGCAUUUUGGAUGGCAAGUAGUAAGAAUGGUCACAUACCACGGGCACAGUCAGUGGUGCAUGAUUUUAUACCCGCCAUCUCCGAGUAAAGCAUGCUAG